CUGGAAUUGGACUAAAGAAAAAAGGAAUGGCCAGCUGUUGUCAGAGUAAAUGAAUCACCCUGCCUAGCAUUUGAUGAGUCUUGUCCAUCAGGUGAAGUAUAUCUUCAGAUCUGGGAAUGAAUAUCUUUCAGUCCUUAUGUGUUUUGUCAACGGCAUAGUCCUUCUCAGUAUUUCUGCUCUCUAACUACAACCCUUCCAGAAGAGGCAAAAUCAUGAGCAGGAGUUUGCCUUGUCAUAUCUACUCCUUUUGGGUACUGUUGCCCUUUUGGAUACUGUAUACAACUUCUACCAACAAAUGUACUGUUAGACAUGAAAUAGCUGACUGCAGCCAUCUGAAGUUGACUCAAAUACCCGAUGACCUCCCGGCAAAUAUAACAGUGUUGAAUCUUACCCACAAUCAACUCAGAAGAUUACCACCUGCCAAUUUUACAAUAUACAGCCAACUUACUACCUUGGAUGGAGGAUUUAACACCAUCUCAAAGCUGGAGCCAGAAUUGUGCCAAAGUCUCCCUUUGUUGGAAAUUUUGAACCUCCAACACAAUGAGCUCUCUCAGCUUUCUGAUAAAACCUUUAUCUUCUGCAUGAAUUUGAUUGAACUCCAUCUAAUGUCCAACUCAAUCCAGAAGAUUCAAAAUAAUCCCUUUAAAAACCUGAAGAAUUUAAUCAAAUUAGAUCUAUCUCAUAAUGGUUUAUCAUCUACUAAAUUAGGAACGCAGCUCCAACUGGAAAAUCUCCAAGAGCUUCUAUUAGCAAAUAAUAAAAUUUCUGCACUAAAACGUGAAGAACUUGAUUUCCUUGGCAAUUCUUCUUUAAAAAGAUUAGAGUUGUCAUCAAAUCAAAUACAAGAGUUCUCUCCAGGGUGUUUUCAUGCCAUUGGAAAAUUAUUUGGCCUCUCUCUGAACAAUGUCAAACUGAGCCCCAGUCUGACAGAGAAACUUUGCUUAGAAUUAUCCAACACAAGCAUUGAGAAUCUAUCCCUGAGCAACAUCCAGCUGUACAAAACCAGCAACACGACUUUCUUUGGACUAAAGCAGACAAACCUCAGCAUGCUUGAUCUUUCCCAUAACAGCUUAAGUGUGAUUGGUAAUGAUUCCUUUGCUUGGCUUCCACAUCUGAAAUAUUUCUUUCUGGAGUAUAACAAUAUAGAGCGUUUGUCUUCUCGCUCUCUUUAUGGGCUUUCCAAUGUGAAAUACCUGAAUCUGAGACGAUCUUUUACUAAACAAAGCAUUUCCUUGGCUUCACUUCCCAAAAUAGAGGACUUUUCCUUUCAAUGGCUAAAAUCUUUGGAGUAUCUCAACAUGGAAGAUAACAACUUUCCAGGCAUAAGGAAUACUUUCACAGGAUUGAUAAAGCUGAAAAGUUUAAGUCUAUCCAACUCCUUCUCAAGUUUGCGAACUUUAACAAAUGAAACAUUUAUAUCACUCGCUGAUUCUCCUCUUCUCAUACUCAACCUAACCAAAAAUAAAAUCUCAAAAAUAGAGAGUGGUGCUUUUUCUUGGUUGGGCCACCUAAAGGUACUUGACCUCGGCCUUAAUGAAAUUGGGCAAGAACUCACAGGACAGGAAUGGAGAGGUCUAAAAAAUAUUGUUGAAGUCUACCUUUCCUACAACAGAUACCUAGAGUUGACUACCGACUCUUUCGCCUUGGUUCCAAGCCUUCAACAACUGAUGCUCCGAAGGGUGGCCCUUAGAAACAUGGAUUGCUCCCCUUCACCUUUUCACCCUCUUUUUAACUUGACCAUUUUGGAUCUAAGUAACAACAAUAUAGCCAACAUAAAUGAUGAACUGUUGAAGGGUCUUGAGAAACUACAAAUUCUGGAUUUGCAGCAUAACAAUUUAGCACGGCUCUGGAAACACGCAAACCCUGGCGGUCCUGUUCAGUUUCUGAAGGGCCUUUCUCACCUCCACAUCCUUAACUUAGAGUCUAAUGGCUUUGAUGAAAUCCCAGCAGAUGCCUUCAGGGACUUAUCUGAAUUGAAGAGCAUUGAUUUAGGAUUGAAUAAUUUAAACAUCCUUCCACCAUCUGUCUUUGAUAAUCAAGUGUCUCUGAAGUCAUUAAGCCUUCAGAAGAAUCUCAUAACGUCAGUCAAGAAGACUGUUUUUGGACCUGCAUUCCAGAAGUUGAGUAAUUUAGAUAUGCGCUUCAAUCCGUUUGACUGUACGUGUGAAAGCAUUGCCUGGUUUGUUAGUUGGAUUAAUAGUACUCACACCAACAUCUCUGAAUUAUCCAGCCAUUACCUCUGCAAUACUCCACCUCAAUAUCAUGGUCUCCCAGUGAUUCUUUUUGAUACAUCACCCUGCAAAGACAGUGCCCCAUUUGAACUCUUUUUCAUGAUAACUGCCAGUAUGCUACUGAUUUUUAUCUUUAUUAUACUGCUCAUCCAUUUCGAAGGCUGGCGGAUAUCUUUUUAUUGGAAUGUUUCAGUGCAUCGAGUUCUUGGUUUCAAAGAAAUAGACAAGCAGCCAGAGCAGUUUGAAUAUGCAGCAUAUAUAAUUCAUGCCUAUAAAGAUAGGGAUUGGGUCUGGGAACACGCCCCAAUGGAAGAAAAAGAUGAAACUCUCAGAUUUUGUCUGGAAGAAAGGGACUUUGAGGCAGGUGCCCUUGAACUUGAAGCAAUUGUUAAUAGCAUCAAAAGGAGCAGAAAAAUUAUUUUUGUCAUAACACAACAUCUACUGAAAGAUCCAUUGUGCAAAAGAUUCAAGGUGCACCAUGCAGUUCAGCAAGCUAUUGAACAAAAUCUGGAUUCCAUUAUACUGAUCUUUCUUGAGGAGAUUCCAGAUUAUAAACUGAACCAUGCACUCUGUUUGCGAAGAGGAAUGUUUAAAUCUCACUGCAUCUUGAACUGGCCCGUGCAGAAAGAACGGAUAAAUGCCUUUCAUCACAAACUGCAAGUAGCACUUGGUUCCAGAAAUUCAGUACAUUAAGUUUAUUUAGAGAUUAAAGGAGUAAUUUUCCUAAUUUAAAAAAGUUCCAUGGUAAACUUGCAUUUUACUUGACAAUAAUGUAAAUCUACUUUUUCAUAUCUAUAGGUAAGAGUAUAUUAUAUUACAUCUCUUCUAGGGAAAUUGAUCUCCCUAAUUAAGGCUUUUUAUUA